CUCUUCUUCUUCUCGGCUUAAACCUUCUUCUCUUUCUUCUUGUGGCUGCAUUGGCGCUUUGCUCGCCCGCCAAGAGCGCCGCGCCUCUUCUCCUCGUCCCUUCGCUUCUCUCUCUCGAUUUUCUAGGGAAUGGCUCGGCAGGAAGAUCUGGAAGGCGUUCUUCUCGGGAUUGGAAACCCUCUGCUCGACAUCUCAGCUGUCGUGGAUCCCAGCUUUCUUGAGAAGUAUGAUGUGAAGCUAAACAACGCCAUCCUGGCCGAGGAGAAGCAUUUGCCAAUGUACCGAGAGCUCGCUAACAAGUACAAGGUUGACUACAUUGCAGGAGGUGCCACUCAGAAUGCUAUUCGGGUCGCCCAGUGGAUGCUGCAAGUCCCCGGUGCUACCACAUUCAUCGGCUGCAUUGGAAAGGACGAAUUCGGAAAAGAGAUGAAGAAGAGCUCGACUGCUGGCGGGGUGAAUGUUCGAUACUACGAAGAUGAAUCCACACCCACCGGUACCUGUGCUGUUCUCGUUGUGGGAGGAGAAAGGUCUUUGGUUGCCAACCUGUCUGCUGCAAACUGCUAUAAAGUUCACCAUUUGGAGCAGCCUGAAAACUGGGCAUUUGUUGAAAAGGCGAAAUUCUUUUAUAUAGCCGGGUUCUUCUUGACAGUCUCUGCGAAAUCUGUGAUGCUUAUCGCCAAGCACGCAGCUGAGAAAGGAAAGUAUUUCAUGAUGAACCUGGCGGCCCCAUUCAUAUGCGAGUUCUUUACCAGCCAGCUGAUGGAGGCAUUUCCGUACAUCGACUUUGUUUUUGGGAACGAGACCGAGGCCAGGGCUUUUUCAAAGAGUCAAAACUGGGAGACUGACGACGUCGAGACCAUCGCUCUAAAGAUCUCGGCACUUCCAAAGGCGUCGGGGACUCACAAGCGAGUCACAGUCAUCACGCAGGGGGCCGACCCGACGGUCGUCGCGGAGGACGGCAAGGUGACAAGAUUUCCAGUGAAGCUCCUUCCAAAGGAGAAGCUCGUCGACACAAAUGGGGCCGGUGAUGCGUUUGUUGGUGGAUUCUUGUCACAUCUGGUGCAAGGCAAGAGUAUCCCGCGGUGCUGCGAGGCCGGAAACUACGCCGCCAACGUCAUCAUCCAGCGCUCGGGUUGCACCUAUCCGCCAAAGCCCGACUUCACAUCCGAGCUCUAAAGAUCUUAGGUGCGCCUUGUUUUCUCGAGCAAACCAAAUCUUUUUGCUCCCUACAAAGUUUUGUCAAUCGAGCAAGCAAGAAAAUCUCGCCGCGCAGAGAUCUCGGGCGAGAAUAAAAUCAAGGAGACUUAACACAGAGCGCGCGUCCUUUUGGGUGUCGCGUUUUCAAAAAGUCAAA